ACUGACAAACUUGACAGAGGCAAAAGUACAGUUCAAUUUUUCAUGCAGUUUUUAACAAGGUUCAUAAAUUCGUAAAACAUUUAACAUUUGUUUAGUUGAUUGACUAUUAUAAUGAGCCUAUGAGAUUUUCACUGAACAAAAUAUGUCUCAUACUCUUAAAUUAUUUUAUAGACAAACACAUUUCUUCCUCAAUAUAACCACACCGGUGAGAUGUAGUGCAAACCAAUAUCCAAUCCGGAUUUUAGCUAGUGGUAUCAGCUAUCAAAGUAACCCAGCUUGGAAUACAUUGAACAGCGUGAAGCGUAAUAGUAUAUCAUCGUGUCAAUUACGAAAUUACGUUAAACCUGAAGGGAGCAAUGACUGUGACACACCUGAGAAACCCACACCCCCAGAAAAACAAGGGUUAUUCCAAAAGUUUAAGGAUAUGUACAAAAACUACUGGUAUGUCUUAGUACCCGUGCACAUGGCUACAUCUGCGGUUUGGCUGGGUUCUUUCUAUUAUACUGUGAGAAGUGGUGUAGAUAUAAUACCUAUGCUAGAAACAAUGGGGAUCAGUGAGAAACUGUUAGAGCCAUUGAAAAACUCGUCUGCGGGCUAUUAUGCUCUUACUUUUGCUCUGUAUAAAAUAGCCACACCCCUUCGAUAUGCUGUCACUGUUGGUGGCACAACUCUUGCUAUUAGAAAGUUAACAGCACUGGGCUGGAUAAAACCAGUGCCAUCAAGACAGCAAUUCAAGGUGAUGCUGCAAGAAAGAAAGGAAGGCUUGCAGGAUCGGUUCAAUGAGAGUAAGGCCCACUACCGAACACAGAUGCGGCAGCAGGGCACAAAGGUUAUGGACGAAAUGCGACGAUAUAAAACCGAAAUACGAAACAUGAAGAAUAAAGUCAAGAAAAUGUGAGACUAACUAAAUAUAAAAUUUGUGUAGUGAGUUAGGGCUUGGCCAAGCUUUAAUUAAAGGUUAAAAGUGGUCAAAUCUAAUACUUCUAAAUAUCAUCAGGUGACAACCAAAAGUCACUAAUUACUUCCACAAGAUCAAUUCAGAGCCAUAGGGAAUAGUGAACCAAAGUAGUACAAAUCAAAGUUGAUUCUUGUUCAAUUAUUUUUUUGUAAUUAUACACCAGUUUUGUGUCACCUGACAACAUAGUAGAUUUUGAACAUUUAAGACUCAGCUGAGACCUAACUUACUUUGCUAGGUAAAGGCCAUGACUAAAUCUUCAUCCUAAGCUAGUAGUUGUUGUAUGAGAAAGUGUUACACUUCUGUGAUACACAAUGUAAUUUACAAGUAUUGUUCUUGAAUUUCCAUUUUACAAUUAUAUUUUAAUUAAGUAUCUACUCUGAAGAACUAGUUUUGCAGGAGUUGAUACUAAAAUUCAUGAUAUUGUAAAGUGUGGGUAAUGUGGUAACUGUCCAUUAUAAAUCAAUACGAAUUUUAUAGAAAUUACUUAAAUGAAAAUAUUUUAAUGAAUUUCACUGUUACAUAUAUAUUUAUAUAUGGGCCAAAGGAAUGUUGAGUGUAAAAGGUUACUUAUAAAAUAGGAUCCUUUUAAAUUAUUAAACAAUUUAUAAAAUUUUGAAAGAUUUAUUGUUUAAAUAUUAUUAUUUAAAUAUUAAAAAGUUAUGCCUUAACAAACCAUCUUUAUUUUGUAUAAAAGGGCUAAAUAAUCACAUUUUUCCUCAGCAAUAUGUACAGAUUAUAAAACAACCUAAAAUUAAGUACACAACAAGACAGCACGGAACUGGAAUGUAUAGGAGCGCCAUCAUGAAUGUAUGGAUAUGACAUU